UGUAUACGAUGUAAAAUGCUUGAAGUUGAUCAUUUCAUAUCCACCAUCUUUGUUUACGAAGUUGGGAAAACAGGCCAUGCUUUUAAGUUGCUGUGUCAGCAAAUAAUCUCGUGGACCUUUCCAGAAGACAACAGCUUGUUGUGGGCGAAAUCGGCAAAAUUUGGAAGGAAAAGAACUCUAACCAGCCUAGUCAAAAUGUCUGCAGUCAAAUUGAUUAAUCCCAAAGCUGAAGUAGCAAGAGCUGCCCAAGCACUUCAGCUAAAUAUCAAUGCCGCUAAGGGUCUACAGGAGGUUCUCAAAACAAAUCUUGGUCCAAAAGGAACAAUGAAAAUGCUGGUAUCUGGUGCUGGAGAUAUUAAAUUGACAAAAGAUGGAAAUGUAUUACUCCAUGAAAUGCAAAUUCAACAUCCAACUGCAUCAAUGAUAGCCAAAGUUGCCACAGCACAGGAUGACAUUACUGGUGAUGGAACAACAUCAAAUGUACUUAUCAUUGGUGAACUAUUAAAACAGGCAGAUCGAUACGUGUCGGAAGGAUUGCAUCCCAGACUUGCUACUGAAGGUUUUGAAAUGGCAAAGAAGAAAGCUUUAGAGGUCCUUGAAGAGGUUAAAGUGGAAAAUAAAAUGGACAGAGACACCCUGGUUAAUGUCGCUCGUACCUCACUUCGCACUAAAACACCAAAAGAAUUAGCUGAUCAUUUAACAGAGAUUGUUGUUGAUGCUGUUCUUGGAGUUAAACGUGAUGGUGAACCCAUUGACCUUCAUAUGGUCGAAGUGAUGGAAAUGACACAUAAGACAGACUCAGAAACUAAGUUGGUUCGUGGUAUUGUAAUGGAUCAUGGUGCAAGGCAUCCAGACAUGAAAAAGAAAGUUGACGAUGCCUACAUACUCACCUGUAAUGUUUCCUUAGAAUACGAAAAAAGCGAAGUCAAUGCAGGAUUCUUCUACAAAUCAGCAGACGAGCGUGAAAAGUUGGUCCAGGCCGAAAGACAAUUUACAGAUGACCGUGUUCGUCAGGUUAUCGCCUUUAAAAAGAAACUCUGUGAGGGGACUGACAAGGGGUUCGUUAUUAUAAACCAGAAGGGUAUCGAUCCCAUCUCAUUGGACAUGUUAGCAAAGGCUGGAAUAGUUGCUUUGAGAAGAGCAAAAAGACGAAACAUGGAGAGAUUACCACUUGCAUUUGGUGGUUAUGCAGUGAACUCAUUUGACGAACUCACUGAAGAUUGUCUUGGGAAAGCUGGCACAGUAUACGAACACGUGUUAGGAGACAACAAAUACACCUUUGUUGAAGAUACUGAAAAUCCCAAAUCAGUGACCAUUUUAGUGAAAGGUCCCAAUAAACAUACCAUAACUAUGAUUAAAGAUGCAGUGCGGGAUGGUUUGAGAGCAGUGAAAAAUGCAAUUGAGGACGGGUGUGUUGUGCCAGGUGCUGGAGCAUUUGAAGUAGCAGCGCACCAUAGUUUAUCAGCUUUCAAAGAAACUGUGUCAACGAGAGCAAGGCUAGGUGUACAGGCCUUUGCUGAUGCUCUCCUCGUCAUUCCAAAAGCGUUAGCCUCGAAUUCAGGUUAUGAUCCGCAGGAGGCUACAGUCAAACUACAAGCUGAGUACGGCAAAUCGAAAUUACCUGUAGGAAUCGACCUUAACACAGGUGAACCCAUGAAUCCGGCAACCGCUGGUGUGUGGGACAACUAUCGCGUUAAAAGACAGCUUAUAAAUUCGUGCACGGUCAUCGCUGGAAAUUUGCUGCUUGUCGAUGAAGUUAUGAAAGCUGGAAUGUCUUCACUGAAAGGUUGAGUUCAAAAUGGAAAAAAUCUGACACUGUGACAUUCAGAUAGCUUCUUAUUUGGUCAAACCGAAGUUAGGGACGUCAGGACGCAACCAACACUGAGAGUGCAAAAUAUACUGUAUUUUAUGUUUUUUGAUGUUCUUGUUUCGUAUUUGAAAUAAUACGGCUUUAUUGAA